ACAAACAGAAACAAUUAUAAUAAACUAUAAAAAAACGUGUACAAAGUGAACAAUAAACAUGACCCAAGAUAUUUUAAUGUCCAAUGAAGAGCCGGUGGCACCCACCAAUGAUUCGGCCCACAAGCAAUUGCAACAAUUUUGCUUGCUGGCCAAGACAGCUCAUGGUGCUGCCAUUUUAGAGUUGGUCAAACAAGUUUUAGAAGCACCAGGUGUCUAUGUAUUUGGCGAACUAUUGGUUAUGCCAAACAUUCAAGAGCUAAAAACUGGUGACCAUGUAAAAUAUUUCAACACCUUGAAUUUGUUUGCUUAUGGCACAUAUAAACAAUAUCGCCAGCAGCCCCAGGACUAUUUGGAUUUAACUACAGCCAUGCAAAAGAAAUUGCAACAUUUAACCAUCGUUUCGUUGGCCAUCAAAAAUAAAAGCAUACCCUAUGAUGUAUUGUUGGAAGAGUUGGAAAUCAGUAAUGUUCGUCAUUUGGAAGAUGUUAUUAUUGAAGCAAUUUAUGCAGAUAUAAUUCAUGGCAAACUGUUUCAAAACAAUCGUUUCUUGGAGAUUGAUUAUGCUCAGGGUCGUGAUAUACCACCUGGCUAUACAGCCAAAAUAGCUGAGACACUUCAGGAUUGGAUUGAUUCAUGUGAUGCCAUCUCCAAUUGUAUUGUGGAUCAAAUAAAGCUUGCUAAUGCUGAAAAGGCUAAGAAAUUGGAUAAUAAGAAACAAAUUGAACAGGAGAUAAUUAAUUUGAAGAAAGUUUUGAAAACACAAAUCAACGACAAUGAUGAAGCCAUGCAAAUCGAUUCACGUGAAACCUCAUCCACCAGUCAGGAGGCGCGCAAAAAAACUCACAAAGUUAAACCAUCACGAUCAACGGAUUUAUUCAAAUUCAGCAAGUAAAGUUUUCACAGUCGUUCGCUUGAAACUUAAACACAGGGGUUGAUUAUCUCGUAUACCCAUCUCUAACAACAAAAACAACAUCAUCAUUAUCAUCAUCUUUAAAAGCAACAACAAUAACAACAACAACUUCAUGGGAGAUAAACUAAAUAAUGGAUUUUUAUUUAUAAAGUAAAUCAUGUAUAAAAAUUUAUUUGAAUUUCAAUUUUUAUAACUCUCUAUAUUUCCCUUUCUAAUAAUAUUUGGUUAAGAAGAAUGAGUGGGGAGAGAGAUAAAGAAAGAGUAAUAAUACAAUGAAUUUCUAUACAUAUACUUAUGCACUUGUCAAUGAAAUUUUCAAAUAAAUGUCAAAUUUCUUGGAAACAAUAAUACAUAAUAAUAAAAAAAAUCAUCUUUUUUUGUAAUAAA